GCAGCGCUUGAUGUGCCUGACCCUCUUCUUUCUGCAACUCAAGGGAAAGACGAGAUCUUGCACAAGGUACCCAGUGUGUCUGCCCUCUGCAAGGGAAACCCGACAUGGAGCCUCUCUGGCUGCUCAUCCUGCUUGCUGUCACAGAGCUGUCUGGAGCCCACAACACGACGGUGUUCCAGGGUAUGGCAGGCCGGGCCCUGCAGGUCUCCUGUCCCUACAACUCCUUGAAGCACUGGGGGAGACGUAAAGCCUGGUGCCGCCAGGUGGAUAAAGAGGGUCCAUGCCAGCGGGUCGUUAGCACCCACCGUUCGUGGCUGCUGUCCUUCCUAAAGAGGUGGAAUGGAAGCACGGCCAUCGUGGAUGAUGCGCUGGGUGGCACACUCACCAUCACGCUGCGGAAUCUUCAAGCCCAUGAUGCUGGCCUCUACCAGUGCCAGAGUCUCUAUGGUGAUGAGGCCGACACCCUCAGGGAGGUCCUGGUGGAGGUGCUGGCUGACCCCCUUGAUCACCUGGACCCUGGAGAUCUCUGGAUCCCUGAGGAAUCCAAGGGCUUCGAGGAUGCCCACGUGGAGCCCAGCAUCUCCAGGAGCCUCUCCGAAGAGGAGAUCCCCUUCCCUCCCACUUCCAUCCUUUUCCUCCUGGCCUGCAUCUUUCUCAGCAAGUUUCUAGCAGCUAGCGCCCUCUGGGCUGCGGCCUGGCGUGGGCAGAAACUGGGGACACCCCCGGCCAGUGAGCUGGAUUGCAGCUGUGACCCAGGUUAUCAGCUCCAGACCCUAACAGAGCAGAGAGACAUGUGAGAGAAGAGGACCUCACCUGGAAAGGGGCUCUGCUGGAACCACCCCAGCCUGCACUUACCCCUUGGCCACCAAGGCUCCUGGGUCUGCUUUGGCAAAAGGCCGCCCUACCCAUCCCCUGCUUCCUUGAGUGUGUGUGUGUGUGUGUGUGUGUGUGUAUGCACCUGGAAAAUGGGAGGAACAUGUACAAACUUCUAGACAUUGGACAUUAAACA